GCUUUGAUUGAUUGAAUGUCACGUCGCGAAGAGUAGACGCUGUAAAAAAGCACACACACACACAGCAAAAUCUAAACAUGCCGCGUCGUGAUACACGUGCAAGAAUGGUUCCCCCGUCCCGUAAAACUACCGAUACCAAAUCCCAUCAUGGUACUGGCAAAAGUGCCAGUCCACCGUCCAGCGGCAGCAGCGCUGCCGAACCAACGAAACCGGCCCCGUCGGCCAUACCAGCAACACCCGCGGCACCAGGACUAUUCUCCCAAAUGGCAGCAACGGCCGGGGGAGUUGCGCUAGGAUCUGUGUUGGGCCGUGCACUGGGAGGGCUGUUUGAACGAACGGAGCCGAAGGAGCAAGGUGCGGAUGCACUAGAAAAGGAGAAACAAUCCGCCGUGGAGCAGGGGACUGCUGUUACGGAGAAGAGUGCUCCCCCGGACGUAUGCAGCUUGGAGAUUAAGCAAUUUCUUACGUGCGUCGACAGGGAGGCGGAUGUAAACAUUUGCGAAGGUUUCAAGGAAGCGAUGCAGCAGUGCAAGAACCGAGCUUCGGCGAAAAACUUUACUCUUUAGUCUUUGCUGAUAGAGGAUAAAAAUCAAAAUUAUUGAUAAUAGAUAUGAAAAGAUUUUAAAUCUCGCCAGACCGUAGUACCAGAAUUUCCCAAAAGGUGGCGCUUAUCGGAAUAUGUUGCAUACAACCUGCAUGCAAGCGGUUCCCUUCGGUAUGGUUUGAUGAUCGACGAUUUAAGAUAAAAAAUAAAAAUUACUCAAAUUGUUGUGAAAUUUUGAAUCAGAAAAAAUAUAUAUGAAGGUGUACACAUAUUCAGGUAAUUUGUGAACAUUGAACAAUAAAAGUUAAAUUUGCCUUAUUGUUA